AUAGUUGGAGCUUGGGUAGGGCCCAUAUAAAAACGCAGGCUCUGUUUUGUUAUUAGUUAUCGGAGUUAUGAAUUCUUCGGAUCCAAACCACGACGAUGAGGCAGCUCUCAUUGAAUUCCUCUCCUCUCUCAUGGAUUACACCCCCACUAUACCGGACGAAUUGGCGGAGCAUUAUCUUGGAAAGAGUGGUUUCCAGUGCCCAGACAUUCGAGUAACUAGAUUGGUGGCACUCGCAACCCAAAAAUUCAUUGCAGAAAUUGCGAAUGAUGCUCUUCAGCUGUGCAAGGCUAGGCAAUCAGCAGUUGUUAAGGAUAAGAGAGAUAAACUGCAAAAGGAUAAGCGCCUCAUUUUGACAAACGAUGAUCUCUCUAAGGCAUUACAUGAAUAUGGGGUGAAUAUGAAGCGCCAAGAAUAUUUUGCUGAGAACCCAUCGACUGGAAUGGAACCUUAAGCUAGGGAUGAUUAGUGCACAAAUUCAGUUUUACGAGACAAUUCCAAGUAAAUCCAAAAAAGAAAAUAGAAAAGAUACAAAGGAUAGUAGAAACGAGCUCUGUAUACUUGUUCUGUUUAGAAAUGGAUCGCUGUUACGUCAUACAAUACUCGGGGUUUACGUUUAUUAGUCCAUUUUUUAGUUUGUUGUUUCGAUUACAUGUAUCAUACUAAAGAGAGUGAGCACAUUUUGUGUGUAAAACAUCUGGAAACUUUUCAAAUUGAGCAAUGAGAUCCAUGUAUUAUGCUUACUGUAACUUUCCUCAA